AUGUUUAGUGAGCCUGUGAAGCGGAUAUACGACUCGCAAGGAGCGUACUACUUUCAGUCAUCAGAGGCCAUACGCAGACUGGAGGGAGCCAUAGUCAAAUAUACUGAUCUAGUGGAGUCUCGUGAUGUUGCUGAUUUGGAGUUAUCUGGCGUAGUUGGUGGGGUGGUGAAAGUAUUGGAUAGACUGGAUCAGUUGGUGAGCGAGACACCUCCGAUUCCUGGUCCUAGAAGGUACGGUAAUAUGGCAUGCAGGGACUGGCACGAGAAGAUAGAGCGUGAGAUCCCCGGUUUACUCGAGGAUUUGAUCUCAUCUCAUUUUCCAUCGGAGUUGCAAUGCGUUGUUGAGCUGAGGUAUUACCUAGCGAACAGUUUUGGCUCCGCCACUAGGCUUGAUUUCGGAACAGGUCAUGAGCUCUCUUUCCUGGCUACAGUGGCCGCACUGGAUAUGCUGGGUGCAAGUUUUGACGGUGAUCAAGUCCUCUAUAUAUUUGAUCGAUACUACUCUCUGGUGCAUAGAUUAAUUCUAAGUUAUACCUUGGAACCUGCAGGGUCGCAUGGUGUAUGGGGUCUGGAUGAUCAUUUUCACCUGGCAUACAUACUCGGUAGUUCUCAAUGGUGCAACCGCAAGAAAUUGGCCAUGGAGCCCAAUGAUCUAAGUGACCCAGUAUUGGUCGAACAGUACUCCAGGACCAAUAUUUUCUGCAAGACGUUAAAUUUUGUUUUCACUGUGAAGUCAGGUGCCUUCCGGGAGCACUCGCCUAUGCUGUUCGACAUAUCAAGAAGUGUAAGGACAUGGGCUAAAGUAAGAAAAGGUCUAUGGAAGAUGUACAAGGAUGAGGUCUUGAACAAAUUUCCAGUGAUUCAGCAUUUCUGGUUUGGUACUGGAUUCUACCCUUGGGUUGAUUAUAAGAACGGGAAACCAUUACCAAAUUAUGAGAAUUCGCCAGAUAUUGAUGAAACUAAUGAUUUGAAGACUCAAGCCCAAGCCAAUAUGGAUGGAACUAGAGUUGUGGAGUCUAGGUUUCUGUCGCCUGGAAAUGAAACGUUUGUAAGACGGCCACAGCUUCCACAAGAUUCUGGUGUUGGCACUAUGAGAUCAUCAACACCAGAAUCUCGUCUCAUGAAUGUUACAACGAGGUCAACAAGAUCCACAGCAGGGCCAGGACAAGGACGUAUGGGGCCACCUACCUCUAUGGGUAUAGUUCAAACGAGAAUGCCAUCCUCAACAACAUCACAAGCUCAUGCUAGCAGGUUGAUGAACACUCCACGUCAGUGA